UAUACAACAAAUAAGUAAAUUUAUAUUUUGACAAUGAUCGAAAAUAUUUAAGUAAUGAAAAGAAGAUUUUUUACCAAAUACCAAGAAAAUUUAAAUAUGAAAAUACUUCUUUUGGCCCAUGUGAUGGGCCGCCUUCACAAGAGGAACGGCUACCACUACAGGCCGCAGCAGCCGCCUCCAAUCCACCAGGGCGGCUACUUCGAGCCCCAUCUCCCGGCAGUGGAGGCCCCGGAGCCGGAGAAGCCCCAGCACAGUCCCAAGAGCUACUACAGUACAUCGGGAGGAGGAGGAUCCUCGCCUUCAAACAAAGGAUCUGGAGGCUACAGCAUCGGCAGUGGCCUGCGCUCCAUUGCCCAGGGAUCGGCUGAUCAGGCCCACAGUGCGGUGACCAACCAGCAUGCGGCUGCCAAGCAGGCGGCCUACAUAGCCCAGAAUACCCUGGCUCAAGCCGCUUCCCAGGCGGCGGCCACAGCUCAAGCAGCUCUAGUGGGAAAGCAAGUGGUGCUCCAGGAGCUGGAGCAGCAGGCGGCCGAAGCCCAGAGAUCCCUUUCCCGUGAGCUGGAGCAACUGAAGGCGGCCAAGAUCUCCUCCAGACUGGCUCAGCAAACAGCUCAGGCAGCCCAUCAUCACAUAUCCGUGCUGACGGCAGCCGUAAAUAAUGCCAAAUCCGUGGCCGAGCAGGCGGAGCAGACCUCCACGGAAGUGAACAAUCAACUGGCCUCGCAAUCCCAGAUGGUGGGUCAGGCCAAGAACCGGUUGGAGCAGGUGGAGGAGCAGCUGCACCAGGCGCGAGUGGACUACGCGGCCACCAAGGAGUCCGCCUUGAAGGCGGCCAAUUCCGCAGCUGCUGCCCAGGUGAAUGCUUCCAAGGCUGCCCAGCAUGCCACCAUUGGAUUGCAUGAGAGCACCAAUCCCUCGGCCCACGGACACGAUGGUCAGGAGCUGGGCGGGGAGGAGGAGUCCUACGACGAACACCUGGAACCCAGUGGCGGAGGAGGAGUGGGUCACACGGCUGUAGGAGAAGAGCUAGGCGAGCAUGUCCGCACUCCUUAUCAAUGAAGGAUUAGCAAUCCCUUGUCACAUUGGAUUAAAAUUAGUUGAAAAACGAGUUACUCUAAACUAAGCUUAGUUGAAAAUAUUAUUUAUGAAAAUAAAAUAAAAUUCAAGUCAGUCCAAAUUGGCUGUGAGUUGUCAGCACAUAAACCCAGCAAAUAUCUGAAUAAUAUAUUAUUUUAAAU